ACAUACACUAACACAACAGGCAAUACAGAGUAUUCUAAGUUGCCACAUCACACGACCACACACGUUCUAUUCCUGGUUAUCAGCAUGUAUCUCACGAACACUCCGAACGGAGUACCGGGUUCAUCGUCCUACCCGACGACUAACAAUGGGUACGGCACUAGUAACAGUGGACCAGUGAUUCAAGGUAGACCCGUAGGUGGUCCAGGAUUUAACACGUAUAACAAUGGCGGGACUAACCGCAGUGGGGUCUGCUUCAACUGUGGGAAGGCAGGGCACUUCGCCCGAGAUCGCUGGGCGGGUAGAGGUCGAACGGGUCAACCGAAUAACUUCGAUCCGGAAUUAGAGGAAAUCAAAGAACAACAUAGGAUAGCAAGAAAAGAGAAACAGGAAAUGGAGGAGAGGAGGAAGAUAGAGGAAGAUAAGAAAGCCAGGGAGGAAGAACAAGCUCGAAGAGAUCAAGACUUCGCACGAAAGGCCGAAGAGUUUAAGCUACAGAUACGCGCUGAACUGCACGAGGAAUGGCGCAAGAAGAAGACUGAAGUUGAAGCCGCUACAAGAGAGUCGGCGAAGGAACGACGGUCCCCUACGGGAUGGUGGGCAAAGAAGCUGAGAAGGAGCCGACGCAAGAAACGAGCCAAUAAGCGCUACAUCACAGCCUCCUCUGAGUCAGACAUCUCCGAAGACUCCGAACAGUCGGAGUCGUACGCCUCGACUACGGAAUCGGAACUCACGACGAAACGACGGUCUACAGGAAAGGGGAGGAAGAGACUCCGAAUGAAGACGAAGGCGGACAAGGUCAAGAUGAAGGGGAGAGCUAAGAUGUCACCACUCAACAAGGCGCCGGGAGUCAGCAAGGGGGAAUGUUCUAAACAAGCAAGGAGGUCGGCUCGGGGAAAAGCGUGCGAGGACGAUUCGGACGAACAAGCAAAGGAGCCAAGAACACCACUGACAGCGGGUUACAAGGGUCUGUCAGCUGAAUGCUCGCAGAAGGGUAUUAUAGACUGCUGCAUCUCUGCGCAAAAGAUUUACUCUACGAAGAAGGCCAUCGAUCUCAGGAAAAUAUGCGAUAAGAAAGGCAUUAAGUACACCAGGAAGCCUGAAAUAGUCGAACUUCUGGCGAGACAGCAAGUUGAACUCGCUUACGAAGGAUGUGGGGAUCUUGAGACGAACAUGGAGGAGGAGGCGGAUACAAUCACUGCCUCCCAAAGAAAGACGGAAGAGAAGGGGAAGCAAAAGAUGGAGACUCUGAUCAACAGGAGGACGCGCGUGACUCUGAAGUCGGCAACGGUUCAACCAGAAGAUGAUUCAGACAGACGAUGUAGUACCAGUUCGGAAGCAAGAAUUUUGGCCAGAACCAAGGAGGAGUUUUUGGCUUCUGGUCUCCACACGUUCGGUCCUUGGAAGCGGGAUGGACGACUGGGUAAUGCCUACGUCAUUCCCAAGCACAAGGACCUCAACAGGUGGAGGCCGAUUGCACCAGCACCUGCAGAUCCGGCGUCGCUCACUCAAAGGAGAACGGCUCGGGCGCUUCAUUACUUACUCAUGGGAGUUCCAGUUCAGACUUCUUUCUACCUGAACUUGGUCUCAGAUCUAGCGGAUAGGCUGAAGGCAACCACCCAUAGGCUAAAGGCCGAAGAAUGCGAACAAGCGGUCGGUAGGUGUUACGACAUAAAAGAAAUGUUCUCCCACAUUCCCCACGACGCCGUGCUGCAAUCGGCUCACCAACUGCUACGACGAUUCGAGGAUGCAGAUUGGAAACAGGUGAAAGUCUCCUUCAGAGGACGGGCUUGCAUUUUGAGUAAGACAGCCAGAAAGCAGGAUGGCUAUGUUAGUAUGAAACUGAAGGACUUGCUGAAGACAGUAGGAUUCGACCUUCAACAUUCGUUCAUCAAAUGCGGGACGAAGGUGAUGAGGCAGAUUUUCGGGAUUUCAAUGGGCAAGUCGACAAGUCCAGUCUUGGCAUCUAUCACAUGUGCAAUGGCGGAGGGGCGGUUCCUCAGAGCAUUGGGGACGGAUAGAAGACUGGUGGCAGGAUGGAGAAUAAUGGACGAUAUAUCGCUGGUUGCCGGUGUACCCUCUUCUGGAUGCCAGGCCAGUUUUCUGGCGGACUUCUUUAACUUAUUCGAAAGCAGCUAUGAUCCGAGCUUGAAGAUCGUACGGAAAGACGAGUGCGGACUGACCUGGGAUUUUGUCGGCGGCACUAUGAUGAUUGGAAGCAAGCCACUGCAGCUGCAUUAUAUACCUCGGUCGAAGAACACCGAUUCUCUGCAUGAGACCGGGAAGCUCGAAUUCCAGACACUCCAGGACUACUCAUCAUAUUCGGAUAAAAAGGUUAAGAAAGCGGUGCUGUAAGCUACCCUGAAGAGGCUUUGGAAUCAGUCCACCAGCAAACAGCUGGUUUUGGGGACUGUCGCUUUUACGAUUUGCGAGACACGCC